CAGCUGCUUUUACAUCCCUCUCUACUAUUGGUAUCCACCUCUACCGCCGUCUACCUCCCUCUUUUGCACUACACAUCGACAAAUAUGGUCCCGCCCAACUCUACUGGCCUAGGUCUCAAUGGAUUCCAUUCCCCAAAGACACAGCCGCUCUCUUUCGGUCAAGACAGCCAACGGCAGCUGUGUCUCGCUCCUUAAUGAUGACUUGUCCUGCGAUUCGCGCCGUUGCUCCUCCGUGCCCGAGCUGACACCACAGCACUCUCCAGCACCCUACUCAUCAUGCAUGCACUCGCCCACCCGUCUUCCUUCGCUUUCGGCACUGAUCGAGGCCGUCAACAUCGUCAGCCCACGGCCUGCCAUCUACCCGACCUACUCCACCUCGACAUCUCCAACCAUGAGCUCACAGUGCUGCGAUCAGCCUACACAGAAGCCCCCCGCCAAGCGCAAGUACCGGUGCUCGUUCCCGGGCUGCGAAAAGGCAUUCACAACCUAGCGGCCACUUGUCACGGCACUACCGCAUCCACACAGGCGAGAAAAACUACCACUGCCUUUACCCCGGCUGCACAAGCAGGUUCUCGCGCCAAGAC